UCACACUUGACGGCCAUUUUUGUACAGAAAUCAUCGUGCGUACCACGAGGUGCGAUUGGUACUAAAACACUUCUGAAGCGUCCUAAAUAUCGUUUAAUUUAGGUGGACUUGUAGUUCAAAUGUGAAACGAUUGAAACCAUGCCUUCUUCGAAUCCUCUUCCUCCCAAGGAGAAUGCGCUCUUUAAGAGAAUACUGAAAUGCUAUGAACAGAAGCAGUACAAGAAUGGACUCAAGUUUUCCAAGCAAAUUCUGUCCAAUGCAAAGUUUGCCGAACACGGAGAAACCCUGUCAAUGAAAGGCCUCAUUCUGAAUUGCUUAGGCAAGAAAGAAGAAGCUCUAGAGCUGGUGAAGAGAGGCCUUCGGAAUGAUCUCAGGAGUCAUGUCUGCUGGCAUGUAUUUGGUUUAAUACAGCGAGCAGAGAGGAAAUAUGAUGAGGCUAUCAAAGCCUAUAGAAAUGCACUGAAAUGGGACAAGGAGAAUCUCCAGAUCCUACGGGACUUAUCAUUGCUUCAGAUUCAAAUGAGAGAUUUAGAAGGAUACAAGGAGACAAGAUAUCAGUUGCUUCAUUUGCGACCAGCUCAAAGAGCAUCCUGGAUUGGAUACGCUAUGGCCUUUCAUCUCUUGAAAGAGUAUGACACCUCGCUCAAUGUUCUAGAAGAAUUCAGAAAAACACAACAGGUGAAAUCGUAUGACUAUGAACAUAGUGAGUUUCUUCUCUAUAUGAAUCAAGUUAUGAGAGAAGCUGGUAUGCACGAAGAAGCACUGAAUCAUCUCAUUCAAUACCAACAACAGAUAUGUGAUCAAGUCUGUCUGCAAGAAACUAAAGCGGAUCUGCUGUUAAAGCUUGGCAAAGCAGACGAAGCAAGGCAGAUCUUUGAGCACCUCCUGGAGAGGAAUCCUGAGAAUUGGGCAUACUAUGAAGGCCUUGAGAGAAGUACCAAUGCAACUACCGAGGCUGAGAGAUUAGCCAUCUAUACUACUUACAUGGGCAAAUAUCCAAGGGCAGCAGCACCCAAGAGAUUGCCUCUCAAGUUUGUGACAGGUGAAGAGUUUGACAAGAUGCUAGAUGAAUACUUGAGGAAAAUGUUCAGGAAAGGGGUUCCUCCUGCCUUCACCAGUCUACGAGGACUCUACAAGGAGCCCGCUAAGGUCGCUGCAAUAGAAAGGAUGGUCCUUGGCUACAGGGAAUGCCUAGACUCCAUUGGAAGGUUUAGUAAAGAAGACCCUACAGAAGGAGAUUGUGAACCACCGACAGUACUUCUAUGGACAUUAUACUUUCUUGCUCAGCACUAUGAUCACUUAGGCAACUUGGAGAAGGCUUUUGAAUUCAUUAACAGGGCCAUUGAACACACCCCAACUCUCAUAGAACUCUUCAUUGCCAAAGCUAAAAUCUACAAGCAUGCAAGGGAUGCCAAGAAGGCUGUAGAAUGUCUUGAUGAAGCCCAGUCCUUGGACACGGCAGAUCGCUAUGUUAAUUACAAAUGUGCUAAGUAUAUGCUGAGAGCUAACAUGAUCAAGCAAGCAGAGGACAUGUGUAGCAAAUUUACACGAGAGGGUGUACCAGCUGUUGAAAACUUGAAUGAAAUGCAAUGUAUGUGGUUUCAAACGGAAUGCGCCCUCAGCUACCAGAGACAAGGCAUGUACGGCGAGGCUCUCAAGAAAUGCCAUGAAGUCGACAGGCAUUUUACCGAAAUAAUUGAAGACCAGUUUGACUUUCAUUCUUACUGUAUGAGGAAGAUGACGUUACGAGCCUACCUCAGCCUGUUGAGGUUAGAAGACGUUCUGAGAAAUCAUAGGUUCUACUUCAGAUGUGCAAAGAUAGCAAUAGAGGUGUAUCUCAGGUUACAUGACAAGCCACUGGCAGACUCUGAUGCAUCAGACGACAUUGACACAGCAAAUCUCACCCCUAAGGAACUGAAGAAGCUUCGGAGUAAGCAGAGAAGAGCGCAGAAGAAAGCUCAACAGCUCAAGGAAGAAGAGGAAAGGAACAAAGCUCAUGAGAAACAAGGAAAGAACAAGCAUGACCCUGACCUUGAUGGGCCAAAGGAAGAAGAACUAGUACCAGAUAAACUGGCAAGGAUUGAAGACCCACUGGAACAAGCUAUCUAUUUCUUGAAGCCAUUACAAACUUUAGCAGCUAACCUCAUAGAAACACACCUUAUGGCUUUUGAGAUCUACUACAGGAAAGACAAGCUGCUUCUGAUGCUACAAUCUAUCAAGAGAGCUUGCGCAGUGGACAGAUUGAAUCCCAAGCUACAUGAGUGUAUAGUUAAGUUUUGUAAAAAAGUGAAUGAGAGACUAGAGCAACAACAUGAAGCAGUGCGAACCAUUCUACAACAAGAAGUUCAGCUUCUACUUGAAGGUCAAGACAUUGUACAAUACAACAAGUCCUUUACAGAUUCUCACCUUUCAUCCCAAACACAUAGAAUAUCAGGUGCUCUAAGUAUGUACUUCCUCGAUCCUACCAAGAAGGAUGAAGCAAUCUCGUUAGCUACUCACCUAGGAGACAACCUUUCAAAUAGAAAUACUCAGAAUUGCAUCCGGGUCCUGGAGCUUCUCCAGUCGGACUUGAAGUGUGAAUCGAUGGCUUCCGAAUACAAGACACGAUGCCAUGAGCUGUUCCCUUAUGCAAGCGCUUUCCAACCACCAAAGAUGAACCACACCAUGGAGAACGAUGAUGAAAGUGUCGUCGAAGAAGAGAAGAUGAAUUCCAACGAUGGCUCACCCACUACCAACAACAUUUCCCCAAGGUCAAAUGACAUAGAGCUCUCCUGCAACUCAACAGGGGAUAACUGAUGUUCUAACUUAUCCUUGAUGCCAUGCUUGUCAAUUUAUUCACAUUAUCUUCUAGGAAGGGAAGACAUUCUUGAGGUGGUGUAUCACUGCUUGAGUGGUAUUUCAGAGAUGGUGUACUCUGAAAGCAUGUAGAUCAAGCUCCAUCAAUUUGUGAGAUUCUUGAUAAUGCCAUGCAAUACUGAGAAUGGUCUUUAUCUAGGUGGCUGUUUCAUGAAGCUGGUAAAUGAAGAGCCAAAUGUGAGCCUGAAAUUAUUUAUUCCUGGCAUUAAUCAACAG